GCGAGCGGAAGUGACGUAGCCCUUGCACGCGUGGUCCGGUGUGGUUCACGCGGGUCGUGGAGAAGUUCGGAACUCGUUCACCCGACGUGAGCCAGGCCUAGCCCUCGGGUCCCUGUUCGGCCGGCAAGAUGGUGAAGCCCAAGUACAAAGGACGGAGCACCAUCAACCCCUCUAAGGCCAGCACGAACCCGGAUCGAGUGCAGGGACCGGGAGGCCAAAACAUGAGGGACCGGGCCACCAUCCGGCGCCUGAAUAUGUACAGGCAGAAGGAGCGCAGGAAUAGUCGUGGUAAAGUGAUCAAGCCCCUCCAGUAUCAAUCGACGGUGGCUUCUGGCACAGUGGCAAGAGUGGAGCCAAAUAUUAAGUGGUUUGGAAACACACGUGUGAUUAAGCAGUCGUCAUUGCAAAAGUUUCAAGAGGAAAUGGAGGCUGUCAUGAAGGAUCCAUACAAAGUCGUCAUGAAGCAGAGCAAGUUGCCGAUGUCUCUUCUGCACGAUCGAAUCCAGCCUCAUAACGCGAAGGUGCACAUUCUUGAUACUGAAAGUUUCGAAACGACUUUUGGCCCCAAGUCGCAGAGGAAGCGACCCAACUUAGCGGCGAGCGACAUGCAGUCCCUCGUGGAGAAUGCUGAGCUGUCCACUGAGAGCUACGACCAGGGCAAGGACCGCGACCUGGUGAAUGAGGACACUGGCGUGAGAAAUGAAGCCCAAGAAGAGAUAUAUAAAAAGGGACAAUCCAAAAGAAUAUGGGGUGAGCUCUACAAGGUGAUCGACUCAUCAGAUGUUGUUGUUCAAGUUCUUGAUGCUAGGGACCCCAUGGGGACCCGUUCCCCUCACAUCGAGACUUACUUGAAGAAGGAGAAGCCCUGGAAACACCUCAUUUUUGUACUUAACAAGUGUGACCUUGUUCCAACCUGGGCAACAAAGCGGUGGGUUGCCGUGCUGUCCCAGGAUUAUCCGACCCUGGCUUUCCACGCGAGUCUCACCAACCCCUUCGGCAAAGGGGCAUUCAUUCAGCUCCUGCGGCAGUUCGGAAAGUUGCACACUGACAAGAAGCAGAUCAGCGUUGGCUUUAUUGGCUAUCCAAACGUUGGCAAGAGCUCUGUGAUCAACACGCUGCGUUCCAAGAAAGUGUGCAACGUGGCCCCCAUUGCAGGUGAAACAAAGGUCUGGCAGUACAUCACCUUGAUGCGUCGGAUUUUCCUGAUCGACUGUCCAGGUGUGGUUUACCCGUCGGAGGACUCGGAGACAGACAUUGUGCUGAAAGGAGUUGUUCAAGUCGAAAAAAUUAAGACUCCUGAAGACCAUGUUGGUGCCGUACUUGAACGAGCCAAGCCAGAGUAUAUCAGCAAGACAUACAAGAUCGACUCUUGGGAGAACGCUGAGGACUUCCUUGAGAAGCUAGCUUUCCGGACUGGGAAGUUACUGAAGGGUGGGGAGCCCGACUUGCAGACUGUGGGUAAGAUGGUCCUCAAUGACUGGCAGAGGGGCCGGAUUCCUUUCUUUGUCAAACCUCCCAACGCAGAGCCUCCUGCAGCCCCCCAGCAGCAUCGCCCCUCCUCACCCCUGGACGCUGCCGUGGAAACUCCCCAGAACGACCCAGAGGAGAGAACCCCAGAAGCCAGCAGCAAAGGGCUGGAGCGAGUGACGGAGAAUGAGAAGGAAGGGGCCGGUCACUGCACUGUUAGCUCAGAGAUGCAGGAGAUCCUGGCGCGGGUUCGGCAGAACUUCGGCAAGAUCAACGUGGUGCCCCAGUUCUCUGGGGACGACCUGGUGCCCGUGGAGAUGUCAGAGCUUGACGAAGAGCUUGAGAGCUUGUCUGCGGGGGAGGAGGAGGAGGAGGAGGAGCUGGAGCAGCCCGGAGUCGACGAGGAAGAGCCUUGCCAGGAGCCCCAGGGAGAGCCUGUCGGAAGCAACACCAAAGCAGUUCUUAAAGCCCUGGAUGAAAAGAUCGCCAAGUAUCAGAAGUUUUUAAACAAAGCCAAAGCCAAAAAGUUUUCAGCAGUCAGGAUAUCCAAGGGGCUAAGUGAAAUGGUUUUUGCGAAGUCUGAAGAACAGAGAAAAACAUCUCAAGAGGCAGAAGAUGCAGGUGAAGCACCUACCAACAAAGGAAAGAAGCGGAAGGCACAGAGGGACGAGGAGUGCUCAGAUAAAACGCGCAGGACGCUCACGUGUAGAGAACGGAGGCGAGCGGCACGGCAGCAGCAGUCCAAAAAAGUUGGGGUCCGCUACUACGACACACACAACGUGAAGAACAGGAACAGGAACAAAAAGAAGACCAGUGAUUCAGAGGGACAGGGUCAGCGACAGCGACAGCGACACAAAGCAUUCAGACAUAAGCAGUAAUGCUUCCAAGGUUUAUUAAAUUAUACAAAAAUA